CUUUUAAGUUGCUCAACACAACGAAUGAAACUAGGAAAAGGUGAAGAAGGUAGUACCUUUGAAUGUACCGGGAUCCCUGCGGUCGAAGAACUUUUAAACGUGGUACAAUCUGCAAUUAACAACAACAUAAUGGACACCAGCUCACUAUCACUUGGUGUAUUAUAGCACAGCGACUGUACCUGAUGACAUCUAAGUCAAAGCCCCAGCUGUCACCCCUGUCAUGGGCAGAGAUCCUUGUUUAUUGGGUGCUGUCCUUUGGCUCUCAUCUGUACUCCUUCUAUCAGCUGCACAAGUUCUCCAAAGAACAUGAAGCAGGAUUAGAAAGAGAAUUCGAGUUGGAAAAGGGUCUUCUUAAAGGUUAUAAAAGGGACCCAUCAGACUUUGAGUGGAGUUUCUGGACUGUAUGGGCUAAAAAGUCUUUGCUGUGGACUCUCAUUGGACAUGGUGUGAUAUCAAGAUUGGUGGACAUCUUUUACCCUAAGCUUAGGGCACCAGUGCUGACAGUAUUUGGCCUCCUUGCAGCAAGCAGUGUGUUGGGAAUUAAAGGAGUGAGUGUACUGCUGUUGCAUCUGGGUGCGUCCUUCUCUGUGGCCCAGCUGCGAAAGCCAGCUCUGUCGUGGACAUGCAACCUGCUGCUGCUCUCUACACUUUAUAUUCAGCCACUUCAAGAAAUCGAGAGAGGUUGGUAUAGCUCAGAGGAGGAGUACUAUCUGCUACUCUUCAGUGUUGCUGUCUGUGGCCUCCGUUUCAUAAGCUUCAGCCUGGAGCACUGCUGGAGCCCUUUAGACCUUGGUGCACUCGCACAGCUUUUUUGGUUGCUUUCAUACACCUUCUAUCAUCCUUUUUUUUACAAUGGACCUAUUAUCACCUACAAAGCCUACACUGAGCAGAUGAUGAAGUCAGCUGAGGAGAAAAACAGGGCAAACUCUGGUCUUACUUACCUGGUGCUCAGAUCAGGACAGAUCCUGCUGUGGUGGAGCAUGGCAGAAUACAUGAUCCACAUCAUGUACAUGCACUCCAUCCAAUCUAAUGAGACCUUCCUGGAUAUACUUCCUCCCUGGGCCUUGGGUGGUCUGGCCCUGGCCCUUGUCCAGUUCUUCUAUGUGAAGUAUCUGGUGCUGUUUGGACUUCCAUGCAUGCUCGCUACUUUGGAUGAGCUGGUCCCUCCAAAGCUCCCUCGCUGUGUCAGCAUCAUGUAUAGUUUCACAGGGAUGUGGAGGCACUUUGAUGAGGGGCUGUAUCGAUGGCUCAUCAGAUACAUCUAUGUGCCUCUGGGAGGUUCACAGCAUGGUCCUCUUUGGAAAGUGUUAUCUACUGGCCUUGCAUUUGGAUUCAUCUGCCUCUGGCAUGGUGGCCAUGACUACUUGCAGUACUGGGCACUAAUGAAUUGGACUGGAGUUGUAGUGGAAUAUGGAGUGAAGUCUCUCUUUGCCUCAUCCUAUUUUCGCUCCAUAGUUGAGCAGAAUUUCUCCAUGGCGAUGCAGAGACGCUGCACUGCCUUUCUUGCUGCCUUCUCAACUGCUAUGCUUAUCCUGUCUAAUCUGGUGUUCCUCGGGGGUAUAAAUGUUGGCAGAAUCUUCUGGAAGCGUGUUUUUAUUCAAGGCUGGUCCACCAUUGCCCCUCCAAUGCUCGGUUUCCUCUACUGCUUUGCUCAGAUUGGACUCGAGUGGACUUCUCACCCACCCUGAGUCACCUUGGCUUUGUAUCACAGUGAGAAUCCCUUCUAUCCAAACAACCAGAGCAACCUGCUGACUCCACCGCCUCAUCCUCAUCAGCCACAUAUCACUGGCGAAUCUGGCUCCUGUCCACAGAAACUGUCCAAACAUGGCUGAAGCGCAGCUGGUUUCCAAAACCUGCAGGACUGCACAAAAUCUCUUUAAUAGUUGAGAUGAAAGAUUCCUGAAUUCUGUGGAAAAUGUAACUGCACACGAACUAAUAAAAUUUGUAACGCUGUUUUCCAAGGCAGUCUCUAAUAGCUGCCUUAAGGCACACUUUCUGCUUGGUAAGCUUCAUCAAGUCACUGUUAUUCUAAAGGACUGUAAAUAAUAAAUAAAUGUGGACCAGGA